AGAGGAAGAGAAACGAACUGUCGCUCUCUGUCUGGUAGGAACAAAAUUCGUCUACAAUUCAACUCUCUACAUGUGUUUGUCUUUCUAUGGCUAUCAGAUGACUGCCUUCUGCCUGUCAAACCAAAAACAAACAAAUACUUAAAUUGAAAGAAAAAAUGAUAGUUUAGAAAAUGGGUAGAAGUCGAUCACCAUCUCCAAGUCGAAGAAGAGAUCGAGAACGUUCUCGAGAGAGAGAACGUGAUAGGGAUCGACGAAGAAGACGUUCUCGUGAGAGACGAAGGUCUGUAGAUCGAGAUAUAGUGAAGGCAAGAGAUAGAGACAGGGAACGAAAUCGGGAUAGAUACAGGAAAUCUUACAGUAGAUCUCGAUCGAGGGAGCGAGUGAAGCAAAAAUGUAAACCAGAUGAACGCCCUAUAGUUACAGAAGCCGAUUUACAAGGCAAAACUCCUGAGGAACAAGACAUGAUGCGCCUAAUGGGUUUUUGUGGUUUCGAUUCGACGAAAGGGAAGAAAGUCGAUGGCAACGACCUUGGAGCAGUUCACGUUAUUUUAAAACGAAAGUACAGGCAAUACAUGAACAGAAAAGGUGGAUUCAACAGGCCGCUCGAUUUUGUAGCUUAAAAUUCAAAUAUAUUCUCAUUUUCCGAUGUGGGUUUCAAGAAAAAGUGGAAUUUCUAACAUUAAUCUUUAUUUUCAUAUAAAUUUUGACAUUGUGUUAUUGAUUGACUAAAAAUUGUAUUAUGAUUACGAAUUAUAAUAUUUAAAAUUA